UUGACUCACAAACCAGAAGUGAUACUCUGUUCUUGGUGCAAACAGCAGGAGGAGAGGAGGAGGAAACAUCACCGCAGAGGGUUUCAGUUUAAAUAUCCUAAGCCGCCAGAUGUUCAACAAGUAACUUUCACGGUUUCACGGUUGAUUCACCUUAUUUGUCUGAUCUCGAGUAUUUUCCUGCUCCCCGAUGACUUCCUCUAUUUUAGACUGGAUUUGGAGUGAGAGUUUUUGGCUUCCCCAAAAUGUUACAUGGGCGGACCUGGAGCGCCCACCACCUGGUGAGGAGUAUCCCCGAAUGAGAGACAUACUAUAUGCUCUACCUCUGGCUGUUUGCGUUUUUCUACUAAGAAUGCUUUUUGAAAGGCUAGUGGCCAAACCCUGUGCCCAAAUACUUCAGAUUCAGGCGGGAGUGCCUCGACAAGCUCAGCCCAAUGCUGUCCUGGAGAAGGUGUUUCAGUCCAAAGCGUGUCCAGACACGAGGACAUUGGAGGGACUCUCUAAGCAGAUGGACUGGGAUGAACGGAAAAUUCAGAGAUGGUUUCGGGUCCGUCGAAACCAAGACAGGCCAAGUGUGCAGAAAAAGUUUUGUGAGAGCAUGUGGCGAUUCACCUUUUACUUGGGGAUUUUCAUCUAUGCAAUUAGACAUUUGUGGGUGUCGCCUUGGAUGUGGGACACCAGAGAAUGUUGGUACAACUAUCCAUUCCACCCUCUGAGUGCUGGACAGUUCAACUACUAUGUAGCUGAGCUUGCUUUCUAUUGGUCCCUGAUGUUUUCCCAGUUCAUAGACAUCAAACGAAAGGAUUUCAUUAUCAUGAUUGUCCAUCACCUGGCCACCAUCUUCCUCAUCACAUUCUCCUAUGCCAACAACAUGCUAAGAGCUGGCACUUUGGUCAUGUGUGUGCACGAUGCAUCUGACAUCUUUCUCGAGGCGGCCAAACUGGCCAACUACGCCAAGUACCAGAGGCUAUGCGACGGCCUGUUUGUGGUGUUCAGCAUAAGCUUUUUCAUCACUCGACUUGUCAUCUACCCUUUCUGGGUUGUUUACAGUGUUCUGGUUGAGAGUUGGGAGAUUGCGGGGCCGUACCAGGCCUGGUGGUUACUCAACGGGUUGCUAUUGGUGCUGCAGACUCUUCACAUCAUCUGGUUCUACCUCAUUGCUCGCAUCGCCAUCAAAGCUAUAUUCAAGGGAAAGGUGGCUAAAGAUGACCGCAGUGACAUCGAGAGCAGCUCGGACGAGGAAAUUGAUUCCAGUUCCGGUAAAAAUCCCAGUCAGACUCUGAAUCCAAAGGACAACAAUCACACUGUGAAUCCUAAUGGAGACACUCAUGACCACUGAGUCCCAUGAGGGGAUCAAUUCCAGUGGCUUUUAUUCACCUGCUGCGGGCCUGCGUGACCCACCUCGUCACAUUGACCUCCUGAAAGACUUUUUUUUGUUCAUCCAAAAACAUUUGCUGUCGUUCCAAUGGAGAAUGGACUCGGACACAGAGGAACUUUGUGUGUGGAAUAAAGACUUAGCGCUGUCUUACUGAGUCAAGUUUACACUGUGUGAGGUUUACAUCUGUUUUUUGCUUACAGGAGUGGACAGAGAAAUGUGUGUGGUCUCUCUGCACUUUGCUGUGUGUGUGUGUGUGUGUUUGUUUGUGCGUGUGUAUACAAAGUAAUGAAAUUGAAACAAUGUCAACACUGCUAUUGUCAAGAAGCGUUUUCUACAUUUUAUUUGUGAAAAUGGUAAUAUAUUUACAGCUGAAAAAAGAAAUCACUGCAAUCUGCCUUAUUGAAAAUACUGCUUACUCUAAGCUAAAGAUCUCUCUUAAAAUGCCAAAUAUUUCUUAAUAAAAGACAAUGUAUCAGUGAA